AUGGAAGAAUUUUAUGAACGAUUGAAAAAGAGUUUCGAACCAAAGCCACCUCCUGCUAAAAAGAGACCAAAAGGUCAAAAAAUACGGAAAACGCAGUUAACUCCAUAUCAACAAUGGUCGCGAUCUCUCAAGCAAGGAAAUUCGUCAACAUCAUUUCAUACAGAAAUAAAUCAAAGAGAUCAGAGUGUCUCAAGCACAACGCCAACAAUUACCAAACCCCCUCCAUUACCAAGACAACCAUUCCAAGAUGUGAAAAAUAUUACUAGCACUCAAAUAAGAGCUAUUUCUGAAACACAAGCAAAACGCAUAUCUAAAAAGAGGAGCAAACCUAUGGACAAUAUGCACUUUAUUAGGGUGGGUUGCAAAGAAAACCCAUUGAAUGUAGAUGGAAUGGUUCCAAUGCUUGCGAUUCCUUUGGGACCUGUUUCUAAUCUACCACACAUUAAUCCAAUUUACCAGAUUCAGAAACAACCAAUACAAAUUCAGAUACCUUUACCAACACAACAUUUAUUGCAAGAUGUCCACUUUGAUUUUGACUUUUCAUCCGAACCUUUCCAACUUCCAAAUUGUUUUCAAACCAACGACUUAGAAUCUGAGGAUCAAAGUAUUUUAGAAUUAUUUCCAACCAUUGAAGAAUGGGAUUAUGAGACAUUGGAUGAACUGAUUGAAGAGGCUGAAGCCGAAACAGAGAUACCAGAUUUUGAUGGUAUCGAACCGAUUUUAGACAACCUCCCAGAGGCAUUAAAUACCAGUCUUGCAAACGCCCUGAAUCUCUCAAUCCGGGAAGAUUUAGAACCAUUUGAAGAACCAGUUGAAGAUAUCGAAGUACUGAUUUCACAAAUUCCUUCACCACCACCAAAAUCUGCAAUACUUCAAGAUGUUUCAUUGUUAGAGAGGACCACUUGUAAACCCGACGUUAGUCUUCACAGAAAUAAAAGUCGCAACUUAAUCUUUACUUCAAAUGUUCAGAUCGUCAACAGUAGUCAUGAACAAUUUAAAAACAACACAUUUUCAGAUAUUGUCUUGGAGUGUAACGGAAAAAUAUAUGCAGAAUCAUCUAACGUCCACAAAUCCUUUACGCAGAUGCUUUUAGAUAAAUCUCCUGUGUCUGAAGAUCAAUUUUCCAUUACACGCGAUAUUCAAUGUGAGAUUGACGAGCUUGACAAUCCGCUGAUCGAUCCAGAUCUGGCUUAUACUCUCAGUGAAUCAAAUAUGGUUGCCGAUUUUGGUCAUCAUUCGUUUUUUGAUGGUUCGCGAAAUUCCGAAAACAAUGACGAGAAUGAAAAGAUAUUGGCAAAACAAUUUAUCGAAGUCUUUGAAAGUGUUGAAAAAUUAGUCAUAGAUAACAAGCAAAAUAGAAGGUUAGCAGAAACAUUGAGAAUGGAAAAAGAAAGAGUUUGUGAAAUAAUUUAUGAUGGUGAUGAACCAUGGUUAGCUCAAGAUGAUUUAAUAAAUGAAACCAAAGAAGUGAAUUUGAGAUCGGAUUUGGUUUACAGAAUGUAUGAAGAGGAAAACAUUGAUAAAGAAGAAUUAAUGGAGGAGAAUAAGAACAUCAACUGCCUAAACCAAGAGGAAGACUCUUUAUAUACUACCUUUUAUAACGUAUAAAAAUUUAGUUGAUAUGCAUGUAUGUGUAUUCAAGUGUUACAUUAUUUGUGAAGUACUUCUACGAGGUUAUUAAAAGCAGAGUAGAAAAUCAUUGCCAUGAGUAAAGGCUUUUGUUUGAGUUUUAUUCUUAAGUGGUAGCGUUUUUGCAGAUUUAAAAAAUCUUUGACAAUAUAAUAAUUGUUUGUUACUGUAACAAAAAGUAACUGUUCAAAUGUGCUAAAUACUUUUUUGAAGACCGGUCAUCAACAAACUUCCCUGUGUUAUAUUAUAUGAGUAAUUGUCAAACGCCCUGUGAAUGCUUUGAGACAUGGAUGUUUGUCGUCUACGAUUUUAUUUGCACAAUUUAUUUUCCUGUAUUUGUUGACAAUUCUUUGAUAUAAGUAUAAACAUUAUUAUAAUCGAUUAUGCAAACCAUAUACAUGUAUUAUGAGUCGAUGAGUUAUUGCCCUUGUGUAAAUAAAAAAGAUUGUGGC